AUGGCAAGUCUUCUUGAUCAGGAGCCUCCUAUCAUGGAAGCAAACUCGUCACAAUCCCGACUGCUCGGCGAACAGGAAGAAGACCAGGACAUAUGCGACUGUAUUUCCCGUGGCGAGCAAACGGAUUCCAUUGCCUCUGAGAACUCCUCCGGAAUAAUGAAUGAGAGCAUGGCCGGCAACGACGCGGAAGAAUUCCACACCCCGUCGCAGGAAGCAUCAUUCUGGUACAGAAGACGUCUGGGGAACACGGGCGAUACCGCAACAGCUGCCAUCUCUCGCGAAGAUUCUGCUGCUUGGUCCCUCUUCACCAGGGAGGUUGAGAGUUUCGCUCCUAGCGAGGCGGGAGAAAUCAGCCCGGAGACAUAUCGGAAUCUGCGCAAACUGGACACUUUCGCGAUGUGGACGGUGGAGGUCUUCGCUUUGAUCAUCUCAAUGGUUUCUUUUGGGGGCAUUGUGGCGCUUCUAGUCGCGUACGAUAACGAGCCGAACCCUGGCUUUACAGAGGUGAUCAGCAUCAACGCCAUCAUUGCUAUUUUCUCUACCAUUCUAAAGGCAACGCUGCUAUUUGUCAUAUCUGAGGGUGAGCAUAUCUCUAUGAACUCAUGA